CAACCGCCGUUUUCUUCUCUGUUCAAGUUUGUUGUUGGUUCGCCUUGUGAUUGUGUGUUUACCCUCCUUCUCUCCUUGGCCAUGGAUAUGCUCCAAGAGCAGGCCCCAGCGCCACCACAACUCGUGCUGGCUGCUCUGUCCUGCGAUGUCACCCAGCUCACGGACCUCCUUUCCAGCGGUGUCGAUAUCAACGAGAAGGACCAUGCUGGCCGCACCGCACUGCACGCCGCAGCGUCCACUGGCCUGUUGGACUCCGUCGCAAAGCUCGUCGAAGCCGGUGCUGAUGUCAACGCCCGUGACAGCGAGUGGAUCACGCCAAUCCAUCUGGCCAGCAACUCACACAACCCGGCUGUGGUUGACUUCCUUGCUGACCGCGGCGCCGACGUCAAUGCACGUGACAAGCGGUACCAGACAGCCCUCCACAUCGCCGCUUCCUCAGGCGAUGAGGACGUGCUGCAGAAGUUGAUUGAGCUGAACAUGGGCGUUGGUGUCCCUGAUCGCUCCCGCCGUCACCCGCUCCACUACGCCGCAUUCAAUGGGUUUGAGGCCGUCUCGAAGCUGCUGUGGGAGCAAGGCGGCGACCGCAAUCCCGUCGACCGCGCAGGCCGCACGCCGCUCUUCCUCGCCGCUCUUCAAGGCCGCCACGGGCUUGUGCGCGUCAUGCUCGAGGAUGAAACGACACUGCAGCGACAUGCGACGCUGAAGGAUACGGCGGGUUACACGCUUCUCCACGCCGCCGUCCUCUCCGGUUGCAUCACCACCGUGUCGAUUGUGAUGGCGGCAAAAGUGAACGUGGAUACAAAGACGACGAAAGGGUUGACGCCGCUGCACCUCGCAGCAAUGGCCGGACACGCUGUUAUUGCGCAAUCGCUGCUGGAGAGCGGUGCCGCCGUGGACGAGGCAGACAAGGACCUGCAGACACCACUGCACAAGGCAUCUGCGCUUGGCUAUCAGGAAGUUGUGGAAGUCCUCAUCAGCCACAGCGCCAGCAUUGACGCAAAGGACAUCCGUGGGCGCCUGCCCAUGCAUCUCGCAUGCAGCACGGGCGAUGUCGGAACCAUCGAGAACCUCCUCCUCGCAGGCGACGACACACUGAACGUUGCGGACAACGAGGGCAACACGCCGAUGCACUUUGCUGCCUUCCACGGCGACUCGCAGCUCCUUGAUCUUCUCGAGGACAACGGCGGCAAGCUCGACAUCGAGAACGUGAACAAGCGGCUGCCGAUCCACAUUGCCGCUCGCUGCGGCAACACAGCUGCCCUCCUCUUCCUCCUCGACAAGGCCCCGCACACCCUCGACCAGCGCGACAGCAAGAACCAGACGCCCAUGCACGCUGCAGCCUUCUCCGGCACCGCUGACGCUGUCAUCGUCCUUGUCAACCGCGGCGCAAAGUGUGACCUGCUUGAUGCGUACCAGCGCACCCCGCUGCACUACUCAGCCGUCUCAGCCAACAACGUCGCGACGAACGUCCUGCUCCAGCAUAUGGCCAAGUACCUGAAGUUGAAGGUGGAUGUGCACAAGCGCAGCGCGUUGCACCUCGCUGCUGCCACCGAUCGCCUUGGAGACACCGUCGCUCUUCUUGUGAAGGAUGGCCUGGCCAUUACGCAAGGCGAUGAGGAGAAGGUGUCGCCCAUCCACCUUGCCGCCUUCAAGGGGCACAAGAUGGCACUGGACUUUAUGCUGGAUGCGCUUCCUUCUGUGAAUGUUCCGGCCGCGAUUGAUGCGACCGACGCACACGGGCGCUCGGCGAUCCACUUUGCUGCUGCGAGCGGCAUUGAUGCGGUCAUGGACACCCUCCUCAACACGUCUGGUAUCACGCUCGACCCCGCAGACGACCAGGGCAACACCCCGCUGCACGUCGUUGCCCACGCGGGCUUUGCCGAUUCCCUGCAGAUGCUCAUGGACAGGGGCGCCGCUGCCAACGCACAGAACCGCUUGGGCCAGACGCCGCUGAUGCUCGCUGCAGCCAAGGGCCACCUCGGUGCGGUUGAGGUGAUGCUGUAUGACGAGGACUUUGACACUGAUGUGUUUGCAAAGGACAACCGCGGCCGCACUGCCGUCAUGUACGCGUGCCAGUCCGGCAACCUGGACUGCAUCCGCUGCUUCCUCCAAGCAGAGCCUGCGCCAAACUUCAACGCACAGGAUGAGAUUGGACGCACAGCCUUGCACUAUUGUGCAGAGAAGGGCCACGCUACAGUGAUGGAGGAGCUUGAGGAGAAAACAGACAGCGACUUUACGCUUGCGGACACAUAUGGACGUACGCCCGCGCACGUGGCUGCCAUGUUUGGGCAGGAGGAUGCACUCAAGCUGGUCAUGAAGCACGCGCCCGUGAACGCUGUGGACGGCACUGGCCACACGCCACUGCACUACGCUUGCUUCCACGGCCACGAGGGCUGCGUGUCGAUGCUGCUGGAGGAAGGGGUGGAGUGGAAGGCUGCCGAGGGCGAGAGCGCCUUUGGGCCCCUGCACUGCGCGUGUGUGCACGGCCACUUUGGCUGCCUCGACUCGCUGCUUGAAGACGCCUCGGGUUUGGAUGUGGAUGCGGCUGAUGACCGCGGUCGCACGGCGCUGCAUCUUUCGGCAGAGGGCGGCCAUGCCGAAUGCGCAGCCUCGCUCGUCGCAGUCGGGGCCUCCCUGGACAAGAAGAACGGCGUCGGGCAGACUGCGUUGAUGCUGGCGAGCGCCCACGGCCACGCUGGCGUCAUCGAGGCCUUGCUUGACCCAGACCUCGAAACGCACCCGAAUCCAUUCCUGAAGGACAACGCCGGCAUGACGGCGCUACACCACGUGCUCUCGGACAAGAGCAACUUGGAGUCUGCUGAGAUGGUUGUGUCAGCGGCCAUUGCCCGUGAUCCCGCGUCCCUCAACAUCCAGAAUGAGCAGGGCGAGACCGCGCUGCACUUGGCUGCGGCACGGUUCUACGGCACGAUUGUGGCCAUGCUCUUGGAGGCGGGUGCAGACCUCAACAUCCAAGAUGCAAACGGUCUCAACCCCAUGUACCGAUUGCUGUGCUCGGAAGAUGCCCGGGCUUGCCUCAAGUCCUUUUUGGCACACAUGUGAUUGUGGUUUCAUUGUGUCGUCUCUUGUGGUCUUGGAUUGCUUAUUGCACGUGCGUGGAUGGUGUGGACGGUGUAGGGCUCUUUGCUUUCUGAGCGUGUGUUGCUUGGGUUGGUUGAUUCACAGCGGGAGUGAUGUGGGUGACAGAAAGCCAGUACAACAUGAACAACAACAGUACGCCA